AUGCUGCUGUAGGCAUCAGUCAAGUUCUCCAGAACAAGCAGCUCGUUACAAGCCAACUAGCAAAACCUAAUCAAAAAACUUCAAAAUGUUCAAAUUCUUCGCUCUGUGCCUGCUCGCCGUUGUCGCUUGCGUCGCCGCCAAGCCCGCCAUUGUUGCUGCCCCGUUGGCCUACAGCGCCUACACCGCAGCUGCACCAGUCGCUUACAGCGCGCCCUACACCGCCGCCUACACCGCUGCCGCUGCCUAUCCCUACUCCGCCUACCCCUAUGCUGCUGCCUACUCUGCCUAUCCUUAUGCCGCCUACUACCGUUAAGCAAGGAUAACAACUUGACAACUUGAUCUGGAUUCUGUGCACACGCAAUUUAUAUUUCCUCGAGCAAUCCUUUGACUCUUGCUUUAUUCGGUUUUUGUUUUAUCUUUUUGAUUUUCCCUUUUUUUUGAGUUUUUAGUAUUAUUUAAUGAUGGUUAGAGCGGAAAUAUUAUUGUUGGAAU